AUGCCACGAGACCCGACGGUUAACCCUAAGCUGACCCGCCUUCGACGCGCCUGCGACAUGUGCUCCCAACGCAAGGUCAAGUGCGACGAGUCUGGCCCGCCGUGUAGGCCAUGCUCCGAACUCAACGUCGAAUGCACCUUCAACCGAGAGCUGAAGAGACGAGGACCCCCGAACAAGCAUGCCGAGGCUGCCAGGGCCGCUCGAAGGCAGAGAAUCGAGCCUGGCAUGGCCGGCUCGCCCACCACGGCCGCCUUCACCUCAUAUGGCGCUGCUGUUACACCCUCGCCUUCGCCGCACAAUGCUGCGCAGGCUCUGGUUUCGAUCGCAGAGGGACCGGGUCGUUUGGAUGCAGAGGCCAUCGCGCCCUUACCCAUUCUCGAGCUCUUGAUCGACGACUUCUUCACCUACAUCCACCCGCUCGCCCCCUUCCCGCACGAACCGACGUUCAGACACUCCUUUGCAAACAGAGAGGAUAGAACGAACCCCGAGUUUCUCGGUUUGCUGUCCUCCAUGAUCGCCUCUCUGGUGUCUUCCUUUCCCCGGAGUGCCAGGCAGCACCUCAAGACCCAGCACAGCACCCACCUCUUUCCGAGGGCGAUAGUCAUGAUUGAGAGGUGUCGAGAUAUCGCCCUCGAUACGCGGGGUUCUCGAUGGGCACUGAAGCAGAAGACGUUGGAUGAUGCCGCUACCAGCUACUUUCUUGGGCUCGCGGCGGGCUACACUUUCCAAGUACCUCGCUUCCGCUACUUCAUGUCCGAGUGUCUGUCACUCAUUCGGGAGCUUGGCUUCCACCGGCCCAAGCAUCCCAAUGAGCUUCCCACCUUUGGCAACGACAACUGCUCGCCGGAUCCCCUACCUUUCCACCACAUCAAGGAUCAGAUCGGCAAGCGCAUUUUUUGGUGCCUGCUGCUCGGCGUCAGGUCCUUCUCACAACUAGGCGCCUCUCAUGCCGACUUGGUCAUCGCCCCGUCGACCCCCGGACUGCCAUACCCUGCCCUGCCCGAGAACGUCGAUGAUCUCUACAUCAUGGCCAACGAAAUCGUGUAUCCUCCCGAAAGCUCUGUCACUCUGCUUACUGGUUUCCGGUUUGCCGUCGACAUCUACACAACCAUGAACGCCAUUGUCAGCGUUGAGCUCGUUUACGGUAUGAGCACUCUUCCCUGGUCUGAUCAGAGGUCUCUUCUUAGAGACGCUCUCAUUGCCGCCAAGGACAUCAUCGACCGGCUUCCGCCUGAACUUCAGCUCAGUGCUUCUCAUGAGCAGUCCAGCGGGUUCGGUACCCUUGAAGAUGCCGAGCUCCAAUACGUGCCUCCCGCGUACCCUAGCAGCCAGCCUCCUAAUGAUGUCCGAAACGUGAUCAAGAAUCACCCCCAACGCCGGCGGCAGCUUCAGUACGAGAUUCAAAAGGCUAACAUCUACAUUUCCCAACUGGCUACGCGUUCGUUCUAUGUCGAGUUGUACUUCAACUUGCGCGACGUCCACAUGUCCGACCCCAACAAAGAAGAGCAAGUUGGGGACAACGCCGAGGAACAUGCUGCCAAGGGAGCCGAGGAUGCGGAGGCAGCCCGCGUCUUUGAGCUGAUGACGGCAGAGCGGGAGCUAAUCGUGCAAAAUCUUCUUCACGUGCUGGGCUCCAUCUCACAGCGCAACCUCGAACCAAACGGCGGUUCGCUCAUCAACAAAGUUCGACAGGUCGCUUCGACUCUCCUCAAUGACGCCCCGGAGCGGAAAGGCCCGGUGGCUAUGAAGUCGGAGGAGGCGCUCGUGAAGCUCAUCGAUGUCCUCCUCAAGCUUGAAGGAACAGGGCCAAGUGGUAGCAACAUGGCUGGAGAGAACAUGACACCGCAGGAUGAGGAAGAGGAGAUGCGAAACUGGGCUCAUUUGCGUGAUUACCAACAGCGCUUUGCUGCUCAUGGUGGGUUUGCUGGAAAUAUUUGA